AUGGCACUCCUAACACCCCAGGGAGUGAAAGAAGUCUUCCAAUUCCAGAAACCUAAAGGCCGGGAGCACCUGCGGAGACUCCUGAACUGGGAAGCGUUUGACGAGUUGAGGGACGCGCGCAGGAGCAUCCUGCUGGACACCAUCUAUGACAGCGUCAUCUUCGCGGUGGGCAAAGGCUUCCCGUGGGUGGAGGUGGUGCAGGUGGUCAAGUUCACGGAAGAGCUGCUCAAGGAAAGCAAAGGCUGCUCCAUCACGGAGGCGGUGACGAUUCUGGGGAGCGAGCUCCGGGACUACCAGAGGCAGUUCAGCACCGCCCACCUGCUGGCCCUCUGCGACUACUUCCACAACACCUUCAUCCGCCACUACCGACUCUACCAGUGCGUCCUGGGCCAGGACCAGGAGGUCAACCUGACGGUCGCCCACCUGGAGGUGUGUGCGCCGCCCGCGCCCCUCCCGCUGGCCGAGGGCACGGACAGGGAGGUGUGGCAUCACGAGCAGCAGCUGGCCGAGCUGCGGAGGGCCGAGGUGCAGAAGCGCACCAACAUGCUGCUCCUGAAGGAGACGCUGAGCCUGGAGCAGGCGCACGUGCUGCAGAAGGCCUUCGGGGGCCAGGUGGUGCCCGCGGGGGCGCCCGCAGAGCCGCACCAGGCCCUGAGGAGAGAGGUUCUGGAGCGCCUGGUCAGCGAGGCCAUCCACAUCCAGAUCAAGUGCCUGCAGGAGCUGCUGCAGUACGAGAUCCAGGUCACGUUUGACAUCCUGGACCUGCGGCUUCAGAGGAAGACCAUGAGUCUCAACGCCCCGCUCCCCUUCCCCCCGCUCCCCGGCAAUCCGGGGCGAGAGGACACUCACCAGAAGCCCAACAAAGGGAACAAGGGAAAGAAAGCUAAAGCGAAGAAGUGA